UGACUGUAGUUCAAGAGCUCUGUGAGGACAACUUGAGUGUCGCUGUUGCUCAGUGUUACGACAGUCCCACAUUGGGAUGUUAUUUGACUUCAUUUUUCUCUUCUGCAUUGGUGUUCAAGUGCCUUCUACACUCUUUACCCUUUUGCUACAGAACUCCUGAGCAGUGCAGAGGAAUCUGAGGUGUUUGAUGAAGGUACAUUUCCAAGUUGUGAAGGCAUCUGUGGGCCAUAGCCAAGGCAGCUGUUCAGAAGGUGCCCAGCUUCUGCCCAUUGUGGGGGAAAUGAUGCACAAUUGGUUACACGGCACAAGCUGCCUCCAAGCCAAUCUUCUUCUGAACUCCCAACUAUAAAGGGUGUUUUGCUGCUUAAUUAUAUGUGCCUUUAUGUGUUGGAGCACUAAAUUCAAUUUUACUUCGCCCUUCAAAGCAAUGUUGCACCAUAGUGUUCUGUCUUUGUCUCCAAAAGGAGAAAUUGAGUUUUAGUCCUGUAAUGAUGAUUCUUAAAAAAUGUACUCCAUUCUCUGCCUGCUGCACAUUGUGGGGCGUGUCUCCUUGUAUCAACUAUUAUUAUUAUUAUUAUUAUUAUUAUUAUUAUUAUUAUUAUUAUUAUUAUUAUUAUUAUUAUUAUUAUUAUUAAUUGGGUUUAUAAACCGCCCUCCCCCGAAGGGCUUAGGGCAGUGGACAACAUAAGUAGAGCACAAUAUCAGAUUAAAUACAAUAAAUAUAGAUUAAAACGGCUCUAGUAAAAAUAAACCCUACCCCAUUUAAAAUGCAGCAUAAAUUAACUCAGGAUGGCGCCUGUCUGAUAUAGCUUGUCUGAUAUAGCUGUUGUAGAGAUAAUUUAAGUUUUCUUUGGUUUCCACUUUUGGUUGAUCUUGAGGUAAAGUUGGCAUGAUGGAUAUCUGAGCUAAAAAUGCCUUGUGUGGUAUAACACCCACGCAUAUUGGAAUUUUAAAAAAAUCCUGGGUACCCAUAAAUGCAGAAAGAAUUCACGAUUGCUUUAAAAAAACCUACAAAAAGAGAAGGAACCAAAAAAAAUACAAUGAAAGUUUUUUGAGAAGCACAGGAAUAUUUCUUGUGAUUAGCCAUGCGUUCUGCAUUCACCUUUCUUGCAUCACAUCUUUAGAUUUAAAAGAAGGCCUCAAUAUUUUGGGUGAAGAGUGGAAGGGAAUCUACACACAUAAAUUUUAUAUGUAGCUUGUAUGGUGGCAAUGAUAAAAGAAUUUGAGGUGUGUUGUGGGUGCUUUUGCACAACUUAAAUAUUUUAAAUACCCAUAUGCCACUUAUUGCCACACGUUAGAGAUGUCAGAGGAGGAAGGGAUCAUUUCCCCCCUUUUAGGAUUAUUUUAUCUCCUUUGCCAAGAUUUGGUAAGCUCUGUCUGGAUAAAAAGCAACCAAAGGGGCUGUCCUGUCUUGGCUGUGAGGGAGCAGUGUCCUUGCUGACAGCAUCACAGAGGCCAAUUAUGUAGUCAGGUGGAAAUGGUAGUUGCCAAGGAGAUGCAGGGGCUGUGAGAGGAAGGCAGGCGUCUUGGCUGGACACUGGGCUGGUGACUCUCGGCCAAACAUGACCUGUGUUACUCGGCAACGCCUUCAAAGGCAGAAGGAGUUCAUUCUGGAUGGGGUGGCAGCGGACACCAUUGGCAGCGGGUACGCCCACAUCCUCCCUAAACUCUGGUCUCCGCUGCCUCCUUAUAAUGCUCAACUGGAUGUCCACGCCGCCAGCUACUUCUCAUCCCCAGUGGUCAAGGCACUGUUGAAAAAAACAGAACAGACCCGUGGAGGGACCUCCAGAGAUGGCUGGAUAGUGGAUUAUUUCCAUAUUUAUGGGCCAGGUCAGAGAUACUUGAACAGAAGGAACUGGGCAGGAGCAGGCCAUUCUCUCCAGCAAGUGGCCGGCCACCAUUUGUACUUGUCUGAUGCAAAGCCCAUCCGAGGGUUCAACGGGCGCUACGGCUACCGUCGCAACACCCCUGACCUGCGCACGCGCUCCUCUUGCUUCGGAGAAGUCACGAUUCUCCCCCUUUACUGAACAACAUGGAAUGGCUUCCUCUGCAGCUGGCUCUGGCCAGACUAAGCAUUCGUUUUCUUGUUUUUUCCUUUAAGAAAUGGUCGAAAUAAAGUUUCAUUUUAUUGUUCAUAUAUUAAUAGUUUGUUGCCAUUGGGGGAAACCUGAAACCAAAACGGUGCUAUCUUACAGUGCAGUGCAAAGCAACAAGAUCAGCCAAGACCCAAUUACUCGCCCAACAACAAGGGAAAUGUAUAUUCUUAUAAUUUUUAAAAAGUGAAACUUUAGGUAAACAUCAUCAGCAAAGUGCAUCAAAAACACAUCAAUGGGACGAUUCAUUCAUCAACUGCAGUAUAUGAAGCAUACAUCAACGGGGAUAGUCCAUUCAUAAAUGUAUAAAGUUCUACAAUGGCGACAAUAAGUGGGUUAGUAUAGUCCGAGGACAUAAAUGUUCCGCUAUUGCUUCAAAUGAUGUAUACAAAAAAUUCUUCAGGACUACACGCACUAAACGAAUCACAGGUAAAAAAGAUGCAAAUUGCACUCCAAUAUAGUGACCAUAGCAAACAAGUUGUACACAGCAGCAAACAGUGGCAAGCAAGUAGCUCGUAGUUAUGUCGGCAGCAGAACGCCUGCGUGCUAAGGAUGCGUUUCCGAGCUAUAAAUCUUCAGUACUUGUACAACGUUCAUGAUUCCAGAAUAUAGUUCUUGAAAUAUUAUACAGUAAUGCCUGUGAUAUAUAUAAAAUGCUGUAAGUACAUAUGAACAAUACACAACUGUAAUAUAUAUAGAUGUAUAAUAAAUUACAAU